GCUGGAACCAGGAAGGCGCUGAGCUUAAACUGAAGCAAGUUCUGAGGACGCCGGUGGCGCCGCGGUUAGAAGAGGGGGUUCCAGGUCCCCGCGCUCGGAGGUGCGAGCCCGAAGGUCGACCCAGAAAUGGGGCGCCGGUCAUCAGACACCGAGGAAGAAAGCAGAAGCAAGAGGAAAAAGAAACAGCGCAGACGCUCCUCUUCCAGCAGCUCUGCAGACAGCAGGACCUACAGCCGCAAGAAGGGCGGGAGGAGGCCACGGUCCCAGUCCCGGUCCUGGUCUAGAGACCGGCAGCCUCGCUCACACUCUUAUGAGAGAAGACGCAGGCACCGGUCGAGCAGCAGCUCUUCUUACGGCUCCCGAAGAAAACGAAGUCGAAGUCGUUCCCGGGGUCGAGGGAAAUCCUAUAGAGUUCAGAGGUCUUGCUCCAAAAGCAGAACCAGAAGGUCCAGGUCAAGACCUCGUCCACGUUCCCAUAGUCGAAGCAGUGAGAGAUCCAGCCAUAGAAGAACUCGUAGUAGGUCUAGGGACCGAGAACGGCGCAAAGCACGGGACAAAGAGAAACGGGACAAGGAGAAGGACAAAGGCAAGGACAAAGAAGUACACAGUGUCAAACGGGGGGAAUCUGGAAACAUCAAAGCUGGAUUAGAACAUCUGCCACCAGCUGAGCAGGCCAAAGCCAGACUACAAAUGGUCCUUGAAGCUGCUGCAAAAGCUGAUGAAGCACUAAAAGCUAAAGAAAGGAAUGAAGAAGAAGCAAAGAGAAGAAAAGAGGAAGACCAAGCCACACUGGUGGAACAAGUGAAAAGAGUGAAGGAAAUUGAAGCCAUCGAGAGUGAUUCUUUUGUUCAGCAGACAUUCAGAUCAAGUAAGGAAGGCAAAAAAUCGGUAGAACCAAGCGACGUGAAACAUGCGACUCCAGCAUCAGGACCAGCAUCAGUCACUGCUGAGCCACCCAGCACUGGAAAGGAAAUAGACCCUGACAGCAUCCCCACGGCUAUCAAGUACCAAGAUGACAAUUCUCUAGCUCAUCCAAAUUUAUUUAUUGAAAAAGCUGAAGCUGAAGAAAAGUGGUUCAAGAGAUUAAUUGCCCUCCGACAAGAAAGACUCAUGGGCAGUCCUGUGGCCUGAGCAAGAGACGUGCGGUUGAGCUGACAUAGCCUUGAAAAUUGAGGGUUUAAAUACUAAUGUUGACUUUUACUCCUAAAGUGACUUAGCCAAUCUCAUUUCUUCCUUCGUGUUCAACUGAGUAUUUGCUGUUUCUAAUCAAACAUUGUGAAUAGUGAAUCUGUUAUAAAAGAUGUGAGUGUGUGAACAUAUUAUCUUGUUAAUAAAACUAAUCAUAAAAAUGUCAGUGUUGAUGUAAA